UUUCGUUCCUGGAUCCGCCAUAUUGAGCGCCGCAGAACGCGCUGGCAGGGAGAGGGUGUUCAUAACAUUGAGAUAGCUGAAAGACACGCGGUGUAUAAAGAUGACACAAACGGUCCAGACGAAUGGGGUUCAAGCCCUCAGUAAGACCUGGGAGCUUAGUCUCUAUGAAUUACAGAGAACUCCACAGGAGGCCAUCACGGAUGGUCUGGAGAUCGCCGUGUCCCCGCGCAGCUUGCACAGUGAGCUGAUGUGUCCCAUCUGUCUGGACAUGUUGAAGAACACCAUGACCACCAAGGAGUGCCUGCACCGCUUCUGUGCCGACUGCAUCAUCACUGCGCUCAGAUCAGGGAAUAAGGAGUGUCCUACAUGCAGGAAGAAGCUGGUGUCGAAGCGCUCCCUCCGUCCAGACCCAAACUUUGACGCCCUGAUCAGUAAGAUCUACCCCAGCAGAGACGAGUACGAAGCCCACCAGGAGAGAGUGUUAGCCCGCAUCAGCAAGCACAACAACCAGCAGGCACUGAGCCACAGUAUUGAGGAGGGCCUAAAAAUCCAGGCCAUGAACAGACUUCAGCGGGGGAAGAAGCACCAAAUCGAAAAUGGCAGCGGGGCAGAGGACAAUGGGGACAGUUCACAUUGCAGCAAUGCAUCAGUGCACAGUAACCAAGAGGCCGGACCCAGCAUCAAACGAACCAAAACCUCCGACGAUUCGGGACUGGACAUGGACAAUGCCACAGAGAACGGAGGAGGAGACCUGGCACUGGACGGGGCCAGCGAGAUUGAGCUGGUGUUCCGCCCUCACCCGACGCUGAUGGAGAAAGAAGACGCCGCGCAGACAAGGUACAUUAAGACUUCGGGGAACGCCACAGUGGACCACCUUUCCAAAUACUUGGCUGUCAGAUUGGCUUUGGAGGAAAUGCGCAAGAACGGAGAGGCAAGCCCCAUCAACGUAGAAGCAGCCAGCGAAAAACAGUACACCAUCUACAUCCCUACAGCAAACAACCAGUUCACAGUCUUGAAUGGCUCUUUCUCUCUGGAGCUGGUGAGCGAGAAGUACUGGAAAGUCAACAAGCCCAUGGAGUUGUACUUUGCCCCAACGAAGGAGCACAAAUAAAUCCAGUGAGACAUGAGGGUCUGAGCUGACCCGGGACAGACUGAUGGUUCAUCAUCUCUUCUCUCUCCCCGUUUCUUUCUGUCUUUCUCUCUCUGUUCCUGGAGUAUACUCCAGCUCCUCAAUAACUGUGGCUGCUUUGAUUUGUUUUUUUAUUGUCUUUUUGUAUGGGGACGAGACCAGGGUUGAUCAUUGGGAAAGGGGUGGGAGGGCCAUGGAAGUCAAACCAGUGUGGAUUCAUUUUUUUUCUCCCCCUUUCAGUUGACACAAUCAUUUCAUCUAUACAUGUUGAGUCCUUUUUGAGUCAAGUGGACUCAGACAUUGCCUUCAACAAGCCACAAUUUUAGUAUACAAAAUGGAUAAUGCAUCUGUAACACCAUGAGGGAAUCACGCUGGGUGCUUCAUGAAAGACUCCGUCAGAAGGUGGC